UAUUAUCCAGAAAAAAAAAAAAAAGAUGCUUUUUAAAUUUUGAUCGCCUUGAGCUUCUCAUGGCAAACGGCGCAAGAACAAUCGCCACUGUAUCAAAAUCGACUUCUCGUCUGCUUCUUCGUCUUCCUCCUUCAACGCCCAUCAUCAACCUCCAUGAACCAACGCCCUCAUUUUCUACCAGAAAUAGAGCGACACUUUUGUCAAUCGUAUCCUCCACGUCUCCUUUUCGCGCGCCGUUUAGCCCCUCCUUCAAUGGGGCAACCUUCUGUUCUUUCAGCUCAGCCCCUUCCAUGUCCAUUAAUUUGCAGUCCCAUGCCUUCGCGCGAAACCCCAUAAGGUCCAAAACCCCCAAACCCGAAGAUCCCUUUUCGCCCAAUUCAUCGUUCGAAUCCCUGAAAACGAGGCUUCUGGAGAAAACCCCUUUGCUCUCUUCCCCAGAUUUCAGAAUUUUGCCCUUCAGAAAGGGCUGGCCUCUGGUUUCUUGCAAUGGCGGGAAGGGGAAUGAUGAUUCGGCGUCUAAUUGGAGUCUGGGUUGGAUCAGUCUGGCGGAUUGCAAGAGUCUAUUGGCCAUUUCUGGCUCGCAAUUAACAGCAGAUUUGUUGGUUUAUCUCGGUUCCUCUGUUGAAGAAGAUGCUGUUUAUUGGGCGAUUGACUUGUCUGGCGAGGAUAAUUUGGCUGCGGAAUUGGGUCAAAAGCAGCUCAGUUUUGUCGAGCUGCGAACUCUUAUGGUGGCCACGAACUGGUUGGAUACAUGGGCUAUGGGGCAGUUGGCUAUUGCUGGCCAUGGCAGGGCUUUGCUAGAUUGGCAUAGAACAUCACGUUUCUGUGGACAUUGUGGAGAAAGGACAGUCCCAGUGGAAGCUGGCCUGCAAAAGGAAUGCUCCAAUCACUCGUGUAAAUUGAGGAUUUUCCCUCGUGUCGAUCCCGUUGUUAUCAUGUUAGUCAUUGACACGGAGAAUGACCGCGCUCUCUUAAGCAGGCAAUCGAGAUAUGUGCCCCGAAAAUGGAGUUGCUUAGCUGGGUUUAUGGAGCCUGGAGAAAGCUUGGAAGAAGCUGUGAUAAGAGAAACAAUGGAAGAGACUGGCAUUGAACUUGAAGAGGUGGUCUAUUACAGCUCUCAGCCAUGGCCAGUUGGACGAAGCACUAUGCCGUGUCAAUUGAUGGUUGGGUUCUUUGCAUAUGCAAAAUCACUUGAUAUCAAUGUGGACAAGAGAGAGUUGGAAGACGCACAAUGGCACAGUAGAGAAGACGUGAAAAGAGCUUUGACGUUAACUCAAUACGAGAAGGCACAACAAACUGCAGCAGCCAAAGUGGAAGAAAUGUGCAAGGGAGUUGAAAGAGGACACACCCAGUCUACAGAUUCCAACUCUGAAGAUGGUGGACUUGCUCCCAUGUUCCUUCCUGGCCCUUAUGCAAUUGCUCACAAACUUAUCUCCUCUUGGGUAUAUCAAGAAAAAGGAAAAUGAUGCUAAAGAUCAUUUGAAUCAACAUAGUGAUCAACAUUCCAAGCUGAACUCGUUGCAGCACUAUGGCUUUCGAGGCUCGUUUGAGUUUGCAUAGCUUGAGCCUUGACAUCGAAAGCAUACACCCAACUGUUCCUUGCAAAAAUAAAUGGUUAUUCUUUUGAGGCAGAAUCCUUAUAGCUCCUGUUCACUCAUUGUCUGAAAGUACACAGUAGGUGGAAAUAGUCUUCAUAGACCAUUUUCUAGAUGACAGCACAUGUAUGUUCCAAGUUCAUCUACAUUGUUCUGAACACCACCUGUGUCUGUAACUGAUGAAUAGAUGUUCUCAUCAUUUAUUUUACCAUUCAUGGAUUUCCCGAUAGGAUUGCUGACAGUGUCUGGAUGGCUCUAAUAUGGGCAAUUUACCUCUUUUAUGAUUUUGCAGGCAAAAGAAAAUAAUGUUACUAGUUGAGGUAGA